CCCCCCCUCAGCCCCCCCACCCCCCGCCCCCCCUUUCUCUCUCUAGAUUUCUCUAUUGGCGGCGAGCGAUGGAGAAUCACAACACACAGCCACUUCUCUCUCCAAGUGAGGACAACCGAACUUCCGAAAGCUACGAGCAAAUCCUCCGGCCCAGCACUUCUUCCUUUUCGUCCUUCACCGCCGAUCCCGACGACAUAACUCCUGUCGCCGGCGUCGGGGACUUCUUCAAGAAAUUCGGCGUGGAGUCCAGAAAGCUGUGGUACCUGGCUGGACCUGCCAUCUUCACCAGCAUCUGCCAAUACUCCCUCGGCGCAAUCACCCAAGUCUUUGCUGGCCAGGUCGGGACUAUCGAACUUGCCGCCGUCUCCGUCGAGAACUCCGUCAUCGCCGGUUUCUCUUUCGGCCUCUUGUUGGGCAUGGGGAGUGCAUUGGAGACUCUCUGUGGGCAAGCUUUUGGGGCAGGCCAACACGACAUGCUCGGAAUCUACAUGCAACGUUCAUGGGUCAUUCUUACCUGCACGGCCUUCGUCGUGAUGUUCUUAUACAUUUUCGCUACCCUGCUUCUACAACUCAUAGGCCAGACCGAGGCCAUAUCGGAAGCCGCGGGGACUUUUGCGGUGUGGAUGAUUCCCCAACUCUACGCCUACGCGAUCAAUUUCCCGAUCGCGAAAUUCCUACAGUCGCAGAGCAAGAUCAUGGUGAUGGCGUGGAUUGCCGCCGUGGCUCUGGUUUUGCACACUCUGUUUAGCUGGCUUUUGAUGUUGAAACUGGGGUGGGGACUGGUGGGCGCCGCCAUAGUGCUGAAUGCGUCGUGGUUGUUCAUCGUGAUUGCCCAACUAGUGUAUAUAUGGAGUGGGACCUGUGGGAGAGCUUGGACGGGAUUUUCGUGGAAGGCGUUUCAAAAUCUCUGGGGCUUUGUUAGGUUGUCUCUUGCAUCGGCUGUGAUGCUCUGCUUAGAAGUAUGGUACUUCAUGGCUUUGAUCCUCUUUGCUGGUUACUUGAAGAACGCAGAAGUUUCGGUUGAUGCAUUAUCAGUAUGCAUGAACAUAUUAGGUUGGACAAUCAUGGUAGCUUUGGGAUGCAAUGCAGCCAUAAGUGUAAGAGUGUCGAAUGAAUUAGGCGCAGCGCAUCCGAGAACUGCGAAAUUCUCAGUGGUGGUGGUGGUGUUAACUUCAUUUUCGAUUGGGCUUGUAAUCUCACUCAUUCUGUUCCUGGCUCGAAAUGUGUAUCCAUCCUUGUUUUCAAGCAGUGAAGAAGUACAAGAACUUGUCUAUAACCUCACUCCUUUGUUGGGAACCUGCAUUAUUAUUAACAACGUUCAACCUGUUCUCUCAGGGGUGGCAAUUGGAGCAGGUUGGCAAGCCGUGGUUGCUUAUGUGAAUAUAGCAUGUUACUAUGUAUUGGGCGUUCCUUUGGGGCUUCUAAUGGGUUUCAAACUCAACUUGGGUGUGAAGGGGAUUUGGAUUGGCAUGCUGUUAGGAACGGUUGUUCAAACUAUUGUCCUAUUUGUGAUGAUUUAUCGAACCAACUGGAAUAAAGAGGCUUCUAUAGCUGGGAAUAGAAUAAGACAAUGGGGUGGAGAAACAGAUGACAAAGUGAACGACAUAGAGAAAUGAAAUGAAUGAGAGAGAGAGAGAGAGAGAGAGAGGCAUAUAUCGCAUGAAAUUGAGGAGAGUAGUGUCUGAAAUUUUGGCAAAGUUCAUUGAAGUUGCUAAGAUAGCAUUACUGCAAUUUUUUUUUGUUGUUGUUGUUCUUUAUAAAAGGCAAUUUCUUUGUAGAAAUCUCGAGGUGGGUGCCUAUUUAAUUCGCAGCUUGGAUUGAAAUUA